AUGUCGGCAGCCAACUCACAACAGGUAUCGACAACGACAAGUUCAGAUUCAGACGGCCCAACGCUCAACUUGAAAACACCCCGCACGCCUUUCAGGUCCAUACGAGAAUCACACCAAACGUUCUUCCUCCAUCCUGGCUACCCUGAAAAGCAUAACAUUCUUCUCAUUCUUCCGGCUCUCGACUCAGGUGGAAUUCACCAUGAAACAGCACGCAUCGCAUGUGCCAUUCUUGCUAAUUCCAGAUGGGACGGCUUUCUAUCGCUAACAAAAGACGGCCCAAAGCUCGAGGAGCCCCGCGAUGCUGUUCUUCCGUCGCGCCGAUAUUACUUUCGUAUAGAAGGAGAUGACCGAUAUCCCGUUGUACCAUCUUUUGACAACUUUCCAUGCCCCCUCGAGCUCCCUGAUUCAUGGUGUGAGGACCUCGCUCCGAUUGAACAGAGCAGUGUGGACGAUGUGGGCAAACGGGACCAGAUUUGUCGAGUAACUGGCUCUUCACUGCCAAACGAAAACGCGCACAUUAUUCCCCAGGCCCAGAGUGAAUGGUGGCAACGAAAUAGUAUGUUUGCGUACACCGUAAAUGCGGAUCAAGGUUUCGACACGAAGUGUGCCGACAAUACAAUCCUUGUCCGACGCGACACACAUAAGAUGUGGGAUGAUCAUCGAUUCGCUAUCGUGCCUAAGGCAGGGAAAUGGGUUGCUCAUGUCCUUUGGAACAGCCCAACGGUGGAAUUAGAAGAAUAUUACCACAACCUCGAGCUUCAACCACUUCGCGGUGUAUCGAGAUACUUCCUCCUCUGCCGAUUUGCUCUUGCUAUCCUGUCUAAGAGCGCUUUUCUUAGUCAAGGUGUCCCGCGUCGAUUAAUAACCAUAGUAGAGUCAGGGUCUACCCGCGUCCGUUCCAUGUCGGCAGACGAGUACCGUGGCAUGUUCAAUACAAGUCGCGCGAACAGCCGAAGCCAAAGCCCGAAGAAGCGACAACGAUCGACACAGAAUGAGAAAGAAGGGGAUGAACAUAUCGAGCAUCCAUACACAGAGACACUCUUCGAGAUGGGAAGCGACCUAGACGAACCUGAGCGGGGUAGACCUCGAAAAAGGAGGUGCUCAUGGGAUGACGAUUCAGUUAGAAUCGGGAUGAGCGAGACUUCCAAACGGUGGCAAUCAUCCAGUAACCACGACUAUUUGGAGACGCCACCACGAUCUACAAGCCCAAUAAGAACUUGA